ACCUACUAUACCUAGGUAUCUAUCUUUCCUUCUCUUUCCUUCAAAUAUUCCCCUCAACGCUCGAUAAUAUCAACAGGCAGAGAGAUAGUAGCUGCAUGAUGCCAUCGUUGUCUUUCUCCACAUAACCUAGCUCCCAGCCCUUCCUAUCCACCUCCGGUGCAGCAACAUCAUCGUCACCGCCUUGACUCGAGACAAUCUCACAUCCGAACCCUCUUCAGAGUCAAGUCAUACGCCCAUCUCAACUCCACCACGUGCACUAUACGCACCCCUCUCUCCACGACUGCUUCGUUAUGUAAAUAAGUCUACAUUAUCCCCUACAACGCCGCAAGCAAAUGCCUCUCCCAAUGCCUGGAUCACCCGCAGCCUCAUGGGCCAUGUACCGGGCUCGUCUGAAGGCAGUCUUCGAUGGUGCCGACCCUCGUGUACUUGCGGCGUUUUGGUUGUUUGGCCUUAUCAAUAACGUCCUCUACGUUAUCAUACUUUCCUCUGCGCUCGAUCUCGUCGGCCCCAACGUCCCCAAGGGAGUCGUACUCCUUGCCGAUGUCAUUCCGUCCUUCGUAACAAAGCUGUGCGCUCCCUACUUCAUACAUAAGAUCCCAUACAACAUUCGCGUCGUCAUCUUCGUUGCCUUGUCUGUGGUCGGCAUGCUCGUCGUAGCCCUCACGCCCGGCACACAAGACCCGCGUACAAUUAGCAUCAAAUUGUGUGGCGUGAUGUUGGCGAGCUUGAGUAGUGGUGGAGGUGAAUUGAGUUUCCUGGGUCUUACUCAUUAUUACGGACACUUCGCCCUGGCAGCUUGGGGGAGCGGCACUGGUGGCGCAGGUCUGAUUGGCGCGGGAGCAUACGCCAUCGCUACAACGACACUCAAGAUCGAUGCACGAACCAGCCUAUUGGCCUUCUCCUUCUUGCCUGUGAUUAUGCUCAUGAGCUUCUUUCUCAUACUUCCCUUGGAGCCACUCCGUAAAUCUUCUGCGAAACAUGCCGAGUAUGAAGCCAUCGAGAGUGAUGAGCCGGAUCAACGAAAUGAUGCAUUGAAUGACGAUAGUCGCCGUGAAGAACACGAGGGACUCCUUUCGUCCUCGAUGCUCUCUGAAUCGGGACGCAGCUUUGGGAAUGUUGGCACCAAGCAGAAAGUCGGCAAUGCCUUGAACAACUUCACAGCGAAUCUUCGACGGUCCAAGGCGCUUUUCUUCCCUUACAUGCUACCUCUGCUCUUGGUCUACAUCGCCGAGUACACGAUUAAUCAGGGUGUCGCACCCACGCUUCUGUUUCCGCUCUCUGAGAGUCCGUUUGAUGAGUAUCGAUCGUUCUAUUCAACGUACGGUGCCAUCUACCAGGUUGGUGUUUUCAUUUCCCGGUCGUCGACGCCAUUUAUCCGAGUGCACCACCUAUAUUUUCCAUCUUUCUUGCAGGUGGUGAAUCUGAUACUUCUGACGCUGCAUGCAAUGUUCGAUUUCAUCCCCAGCUUCUACAUUGUGUGCAUCAUCAUCUUCUGGGAGGGGCUUCUUGGCGGAUUGGUGUACGUGAGUACCUUUGCGGAGAUCACGGAUAACGUCCCGCGAGAGGAUCGAGAAUUCAGUUUGGGGGCAACCAGUGUAAGCGACUCGGGUGGAAUCUGCGCGGCAGGGUUCAUUAGCAUGGCCUUUGAAGUAUGGUUGUGCUCAUGGCAAGUGAGCCACGGCAGAGACUACUGCAAACAGCAGUAAUUAGGUGAUGAUUUGCAUGUAUGUACAUGUGUAAGUGUAAGUGGUAAUAGUACACGGUACACCUAGGUCGAACCAGAAGAAGACGUGUUGUUUUUCUUUAUUAUAUCUAUAACUAUGUACGACGGUUCUUUCGACCAUUUUCUCUUGAUUUACAUGUGUUACGAGCAAUUUAACCACCUCCCUGACUUCCCCCCCCUCCUCCCACUAUCAGCUAA